CCCUUGCGCAGGCGGCGGCGCCGGCGGGCGCCUCACUGCUCUCCAAGAUGGCGGCGCCGUUGGCGGUAAAUUCGGCUGCUAGCUUGUGGGGUCCAUAUAAAGACAUAUGGCAGACAGUGAUGAAUGCCAUUUGGAAGAGGCAGCCCGAAGCCGUUCAUCGCCUUGAUCAAGUUCUAAAGAAGCACAAAUCCGACUUCAUUUCUCUCUUCAGAAAUCCGCCAAAGAAUGUUCAGCAGCAUGAGAAAAUUCAGAAAGCAAGUACAGAAGGGGUUGCUAUCCAGGGUCAGCAGGGAACCAGGCUUUUGCCAGAGCAACUCAUCAGAGAAGCCUUUAUCCUCAGUGACCUCUUUGAUAUUGGAGAGCUGGCAGCUGUUGAGCUCCUUCUAGCUGGAGAGCACCAGCAACCCCAUUUUCCUGGCCUUACAAGAGGUCUAGUGGCUGUUCUCUUGUACUGGGAUGGAAAAAGAUGUAUAGCCAAUUCCUUACGCACCCUAAUCCAGUCACGCCAAGGCAAGACAUGGACACUGGAACUCAGCCAAGAGUUGAUGGCCAUGACCACACGCUUUACAGAUGACCUCAUGGAGCAGGGUUUGACUCAGAAGAUCCUCACUCUUGUGUCCCAUAUUGAUUUGAACAAUGAAUUCGAUAAACUGCAGCGAGAGCGAGGGCUGGGCAGUGAGAAACAUCGCAAAGAGGUUGCGGACCUCAUCAAAGAGUGUCGGCAGUCGCUGGCUGAGAGCCUCUUUGUCUGGACCUGCCAGUCCCCGCUGAGCAAGGAUGACACUCUGAUCCUCAUAAGUUACCUGGAGAAAGUAACCGUGGAAGCUGAUGGCUCCUUGGAUGCAGUGAACUUGUCUCUUCUCAUGGCCCUCCUUUACUGCUUUGACGUCAGCUUUCUGGAACAAGGCACAGAGGAUCGUGAAGAUCUGAUCCUCCGACUCCCUCUGCUAGCAGACAGGCAGUAUAUAGCAACAAUACACACUCGCCUUCAGGAAUCUCAAGCAUGGAAACUGCCAGGGCUGCAGGCGACUGUGAGAUUAGCCUGGGCACUGGCAUUACGAGGAAUCUCCCAAUUAUCUGACGUGACGGUUCUUGCAGAGUUCACCGAGGCAGACGAGGCCAUGGCAGAGCUCGCCAUUGCUGAUAAUGUCUUUCUGUUCCUGACCGAAUCUGUGGUGGGCUCAGAAAAUUUCUACCAGGAGGAAUUUUACAUUCGCAAAAUCCAUAAUCUUGUCACAGACUUCCUUGCGCUUAUGCCAAUGAAAGUGAAGCAGCUGCGCAAUCGUGCUGACGAGGACGCCCGCAUGAUCCACAUGAGCAUCCAGAUGGGCAACGAGCCGCCGCUCUCCCUGCGGAGAGAUCUGGAACAUUUAAUGCUCCUGAUUGCUGAAUUGUAUAAGAAAGACCCCUUUAAUCUGGAACUUGCUCUGGAAUACUGGUGUCCAUCGGAGCCUUUGCAGACAUCUACCAUCAUGGGAUCCUAUCUGGGAGUGGCUCAUCAGCGACCUCCUCAGCGCCAGGUUGUCCUGUCAAAGUUUGUUAGGCAAAUGGGAGACCUCCUUCCCUCCACGAUUUACAUCCCAUACUUGAAAAUGCUGCGGGGACUGGCCAGUGGGCCSCAGUGUGCUCACUACUGCUUCAGCUUGCUCAAAGUCAAUGGCAGCAGUCAUGUGGAAAAUAUCCAGGGAGCAGGUGGCAGCCCUGUCUCCUGGGAGCAUUUCUUUCACUCUUUGAUGCUCUAUCAUGAGCACUUAAGGAAGGACUUGCCAAGUGCAGACAGUGUCCAGUAUCGUCACCUGCCUCUCCGAGGAAUUACCCAGAAAGAGCAGGAUGGAUUAAUUGCCUUUUUACAGCUCACCACUGUUAUAAUCAAUUGGAGUGAGAACGCUCGCUUGGCGCUCUGUGAGCACCCUCAGUGGACCCCUGUGGUGGUCAUUUUGGGGCUUCUGCAGUGCACCAUCCAUCCUGUUUUGAAAGCAGAAUUGCUGGAAACCCUUACUGCUUUUGGAAAAUCUCGUGAGCUGGCUUCUUCGCUCUGGCAGUCCUUGGAAUACACACAGCUGUUGCAGACGGUGAGAACUCCGGGCCAGAGACAAGCAAUUGGGGUUGAGGUUGAAUUGAAUGAGAUUGAGUCUCGAUGUGAGGAAUAUCCUUUAACCCGGGCCUUCUGUCGGCUCGUCAGCACGCUGGUGGAGAGCUCCUUCCCCUCCAACCUGGGAGCAGGUCUCCGCCCGCCAGGCUUUGAUCCCUAUCUCCAGUUCCUCAGGGACUCCGUGUUUCUUCGAUUCCGCACCAGAGCCUACCGGAGAGCUGCUGAAAAAUGGGAAGUAGCUGAAGCAGUUCUGGAAGUAUUUUAUAAAUUGUUGCGAGAUUAUGUACCUCAGCUUGAAGACUUUGUGGACCAAUACGUGGAGUUACAAGGAGAAGAAGUAAUAGCAUAUAAGCCACCUGGAUUCAACUUGAUGUAUCAUCUGCUGAAYGAAUCACCAAUGCUGGAACUGAUCCUUAGUUUGCUAGAAGAGGGGGUGAAGCAGCUUGAUACUUAUGCUCCAUUUCCUGGGAAGAAGCAUCUGGAGAAGGCUGUGGAGUAUUGCCUUGCCCUUCUCAACUUGGCCUUGCAGCAGGAGACUGCUUUCAUGGAUCUCUUGAGGGAGAGCCACCUUUCCCUUAUUGUCACGCCACUAGAGCAGCUGCUUCAAGGAAUCAAUCCUCGCACUAAGAAGGCAGAUCACGUGGUGAAUAUUGCCAGGUACCUUUAUCAUGGAAACAGCAAUCCUGAACUGGCUUUUGAAAGUUCCAAGAUUCUGUGCUUUAUUUCUGCAAAUUCCAACAUCCAGAUAAAGUUAGUUGGUGAUUUCACACAUGAUGAGAGUGUAAGUCAGAAGCUGAUGGCUGGAUUUGUGGAAUGUUUGGACAAUGAAGAUGCAGAAGAAUUAAUUAAUCCAGAGGAGGAGCUGGAGCCUGAAAAGAGGCGGGCACAAAUCCAUCAUGAAACCAGGAUCAAUAUUCUGAACCUGCUGAUCACCUCCCUCGAGUGUAGUCCUCCCAGCCUUGCUCUGUAUCUCUUAGGAUAUGAGCUGAAGAAACCUGUCAGCACCACAAAUCUGCAAGACCCAGGUGUCCUGGGUUGUCCACGGACGUGUCUUCAUGCUAUUUUGAACAUACUGGAGAAGGGUACUGAAACAAGGAAUGGUCCCACAGCAGUCCGGGAAUCUCCUCAUCUUGCAGAGCUGUGUUAUCAGGUGAUUUAUCAGUUGUGCGCUUGCUCUGACACGUCUGGUCCAACUAUGAGGUAUCUGAGGACAAGCCAGGAUUUCCUAUUCACUCAGUUGCAGUACUUGCCUUUUUCUAUCAAAGAACACGAGAUGUCGGCCUUGAACCAGAUGUCGUGGCUGAUGAAGACGGCGGCCAUCGAGAUGCGGGUGACGUCGCUGAACCGGCAGCGCUCGCACACGCAGCGGCUGCUCCACCUGCUGCUCGACGACUUGCCCGUGAAGCCGCUCCCGGCUGAUGGUGAAGGAGGGAUGGAGGAUGAAAGUCGGUCAGUCAGCGGGUUUCUSCACUUUGACACUGCCUCCAAAGUACGCAGGAAGAUCUUAAGUAUCCUGGAUUCAAUCGACUUCGGUCAGGACAUACCAGAGCCUUUGCAACUGGAUUUCUUUGACAGAGUUCAAGUYGAGCAAGUCAUGGCUAAGUGUGAGCAGAAGAAUGCACGGGGGCAAGUGACCUGCAGCACUAAGCAUCUUCACAGAGUUUUGAUUGCAGAAGUCAACUCCCUUCAAGGAAUGGCAGCAAUAGGCCAGAGGCCCUUACUUAUGGAGGAGAUCAACACUAUCCUGCAGUACGUGCUGGAGCGGAACAAGCUGCUGCAGUGCCUCCAUGCCAAGAGGCACGCGCUGGAGUCAUGGAGGCAGCUCGUGGAAAUUAUACUCACUGCCUGCCCCCAGGAUCUCAUUCAAGCUGAGGACAGGCAGCUCAUCAUUCGUGAUCUCUUGCAAGAUGUGCAUGACAAGAUCUUGGAUGAUGAUGCAGCCCAGGAGCUGAUGCCGGUGGUGGCGGGCGCUGUGUUCACGCUGAGCGCCCACCUGAGCCAGUCAGUGAGGACGGAGCAGAAGCAGCCGCUUGUGGUCCCUGUGCCAGGGCAGUCCCAGUACGUCCUGAUGCUCGAUGGCUCUUUCACCUCAUCCCCCGGCUCCGAGGGCAUUUCCAUGGGCUUYGCUUCCAUCGGGGACUCCUCCCUCCACAUCAUCUUGAAGAAGCUGCUGGACUUCAUUAUGAAAACAGGUGGUGGCUUCCAGAGAGUGAGGACGCACCUUUAUGGAUCACUGCUUUACUAUUUACAGAUUGCCCAGAGACCAGAUGAACCAGACACUUUAGAAGCAGCUAAGAAAACAAUGUGGGAACGUCUGACAGCUCCUGAAGAUGCCUUCAGUAAAUUGCAGCGUGAAAACAUGGCAAUUAUUGAGAGCUACGGGGCAGCCCUCAUGGAGGUGGUGUGUCGGGAUGCCUGUGAUGGUCAUGAGAUUGGCCGGAUGCUGGCGCUGGCGUUGCUCGACCGCAUCGUGUCGGUGGACAAGCAGCAGCAGUGGCUCUUGUACCUGUCCAACAGCGGCUACCUCAAGGUGCUCGUGGACAGCCUCGCAGACGACGACGUGACGCUUCAGAGCCUGCUUUCACCGCAGCCCCCUCUGCUUAAGGCCCUCUAUACCUACGAGUCCAAAAUGGCCUUCCUCACCAGAGUGGCCAAGAGCCAGCAAGGGGCCUUGGAGCUCCUGCGCUCCGGCGUGAUCGUGCGGCUGGCCCAGUGCCAGGUCUAUGACAUGCGGCCAGAAACGGACCCGCAAGGGAUGUUUGGCAUGAGGGAGCCUCCCCUCUUCAUUCCCGCUCCGGUGGAGCGCUAUCGGCAGAUUCUUCUCCCAGCUCUCCAGCUGUGCCAGGUGAUCCUCACGUCCAGCAUGGCACAACACCUGCAAGCAGCAGGACAGGUGUUGCAGUUUCUAAUUUCCCAUUCAGAUACUAUCCAGGCAAUCCUUAGGUGUCAAGAUGUUAGUGCUGGGUCUCUCCAGGAACUGGCCUCCCUAACAGGAAUAAUCAGCAAGGCAGCUUUGCCUGGAGUGCUAGGUGAGCUGGACAUUGAUGUUAACGAAGGGACACAGAUGGAGCUUCAAGGACAUAUAGGCCGAUUUCAGCGCCAGUGUUUAGGACUCCUGAGCCGCUUUGGAGGUUCAGAUAAACUGCGUCAGUUUAAACUGCAAGAAGAUAACGCCGAGGSAGACAGAAUGAACAAGAGGGAUGAGAUUGAGCUGGCCAUGCAGCAGAUCUGUGCCAAUGUGAUGGAAUACUGCGAGUCGCUUAUGCUGCAGAGUGCCCCCACGUUUCAGCACACUGUUUGCCUGUUUACACCCAGCCUGUCAGAGUCCACCAACAGAGAUGGGUCUCGUCAAGACACWCAGGCGCCCGUGGUGCCGUACUGGCGCCUGCCCGGGCUGGGCAUCAUCGUCUACCUGCUGAAGCAGAGCACUAGCGACUUCUUCACUUACUACGACAGCCAUCGCCAGAGCGUCAACAAGCUGCAAAACGUGGAGCAGCUCCCGCCAGAUGAAAUAAAAGAGCUGUGUCAGUCAGUUAUGCCAGCUGGCGUGGACAAAAUCUCCACUGCCCAGAAAUACAUCUUGGCAAGACGGCGCCUCGUGAAGCUCAUAAACAACCGGGCCAAGCUGCUCUCUCUCUGUUCCUAUAUCAUAGAAACGUGUCUCUUCAUUCUGUGGCGUCACCUGGAGCACUAUCUGCUGCACUGCACGCCCACGGAUUCCCAGGACUCGCUGCUGUCCUCUAGGACAUCAUUUAAGAAAGGAAGGCUGCAAGAGCCGAACUUGGAUUUCAGCAGUGGUCUGAAUCGAGUGAGCCAGCAUGACAUAGAUCAGCUUCAGAUUGAAGCCGCCAACAGUUUUGGUGAAUCUCUGCAGAAGAAGCUCCUGGACAUAGAAGGGCUGUAUUCUAAGGUUCGCUCACGCUACACCUUUAUUCAAGCUCUCGUUAGACGUAUCCGUGGUCUCCUAAGGAUAUCAAGGACCUAAAUGACUCUUAGACUUGUUGCUUGCCCCUUGAAACAAUGCACAUGGGGAAGGCUUUCCAGAUCAUUGGAUUUUCUAGAAAAUACGUUUUCUAAAUAAUGUGCAAAAAUAUUUUGUUACUUUUUUUUUCUUACUUCCAAUCGAUCAGUUUUGUGUAUUCUU